AACACACACGGGCUGUCACUUGUCAAACGUUAUCAUAACCUUAACCUCUCAAAACGUAAAUAAAAACAAAUUUACUUUAAAAAUGGAACAAAACACCACCCAACAAGUAAACGUAUACCGAAAAAUGUUAGCUGCAUCAAUUUGUAGUAUUUUAAUGGAGUCUGGUUUUGAAACGGCCGACAAAGAAAGCAUCGGUACAUUAACAGAAAUGAUCCAAUGCUUUCUAACUGAAGUUGGUUCACUUUCAAAAAGCUACUGCGAAUUAUCGGGCCGUUCGGAGCCCUUAGUCGCCGACGUUAUUUUAGCAUUUGUGGAAAUGGGGCACAAUUUCAGUGACUUGAUGGUGUACACAAAAGGCAUGAAACAUUCAGUUUUACCCCCUUUGCAACCACAACAGCCUCAAAAACAGUUAAAUAUGUUGCCGGCAGGGUCUAAACACCCGUUGCCCCCCUAUAUCCCACAGCAUUUACCACAGUUUCCUGACCCCCAUGCCUACGUUAGGACUCCUACACACAAACAACCAAUUAUUGAUUAUGAAUCGGUGAGAGAAAAAGCGGCGAUUCAGAAAAAAGACAUAGAAAAGGCGUUAACAAAGUUUCUUGCAAAGACUAACCCCACACACAAUUUGUUUGAUACAGAUGAGGCAAAUAUCUUUCCACUAAUAGCUUGUAAACCUGCCUACCCCCCUUAUUUGAGUGCUCUCCUCCCACAGGAUCAAAUUUUUGAUCCUGAAGACCUCGAGUAUGACCAUAAAAGUCAGAUGAUCCAACAAUCGAAAGAACAAAAAGCGAAAGAAAAAUCUGAAAAUAAAGAUGAAGAAGAAACUGAAGAAACGUUAAAUGAUUCCACAAAAAGUGAAGAAAAUACAAAUACAAAUGUAUAUAUUGAUAACCCGUAUCUAGCUGCAACCAAAUUACCUAAAAAGGACGAAAUGGAAGUGUCAUAAGUAAGGCUAAAGUUAGUUUUAAUUUUUUUAUUUAUACAAAAUAUAGGUAGCAUUUAAUAUAUAAUUUUAUUUAGGAAAAUCUGAGUUACAGAAAUGAAUAUAACAAGAUUUAAAUCA